AUGACCACGUCGCCUGUCCGCAACAUCGUGUCAUUCGAGGACCGAGAAACGGCUCGUCAAGCCAAACCUCGCAACAACCUCCUCGUGAUCGAACUUAGGAUUCAGGACAUCGAAGUAGCAAGAGUAUUGGUCGACACCGGAUGCUCGGCCGAUAUUAUCUAUAAAAGCACCCUCGAGAGAAUGGAGAUCGAUCUAAGCACUAUCACAGACGAUCCCAGUCCAGUAGUCGGACUCUCGGGAAACAUUACGAUGACCCUUGGCUCGAUUGAUCUCUCAGUCAAAGCCGGGAGCAUCACCAAAACCGUGGAAUUCCUGGUGGUCGAUGGUCCGACAGCGUAUAAUGUGAUCGUCGGAACUCCAUGGUUGAAUUCCAUGCGAGAGAUCCCCUCGACAUUCCACCUAUGCCUCAAAUUUCCGACUCCUCUCGGGGUCGAAACGAUACAAGGGGAUCGUGAAAUAUCGCAAGUCCGCCUAGCCGCUGGGUUAAAACGAAAAAGCUCCAAAAUCGAAACCCCCCGGAAAAAGCAAACAGUUCACGAACCAGCAUUGCAAGACUCUCCGGAGGUCUUCUGGCAGUAG